AUGUUAUGGUGGAUCGUUUUGAUGUUGUUGAAAAGAGAAACCUCAGACGAGCCAAGUUCUCCAAGCGAAACAGGAACCAUACCGAUGGUCUUUUGGUUAAUCACCACGGGAGUCGAUCCGAGUCCCGACUCGACCAUCUCGGUGAUGGUGCUGUUCAAAAGGUCUCUCUGCAACCAAUUUGAGCACGUCCUGCUCUUCCGAAACAACAAUGCUCUCAAACAGAUGGAACCACCAUUUUCCGACGGCCUGUUCAACGGCCUUCUCCUCGUUCGCCAAGACCUCCUUCCAGGAAUUCAACUCGAGUCUUCUCCAGGAAACAAUCAGGUCAGCAAGACUCUGGCCGUGUCUCUGCAAGGAAACACCCGAAUGUGCAUACUUCUCCCAUUCGCUGACAAACGUGUAGAUCUGCUCGAUCUUGGCCAACAGCCGGUAAACCGGAGUGUCCACGCGGAAGUCGACGUACUCCUGACAAAUCCGGAAAAGUUGCUGCAAAGUAGCGUGCUCGGGCCACUGCUUCAGCAGCUCGUUCACGUGACCUUGCAGAGCCAGCACGAUCUUGCCCGAUCUGCGUGUUUCGUACGGACUGUAGUCGCGGUAGAAGUCGAUGGUCUGGCCCUGGUUCGACGAGAACUUGUUCAUCGACGUGACAAUCUGGUAGAUUGUACUCGAAAGCAGCGAUUCUGUGUUUUGUGCUCCGCUAGGGUGCUUGACCAGUUUAUCAACACUGUCAAGAACGUCUGUUCCGUCCAAAACAACUGUUUCCAGACUCUGUGCUUCUCCGAGGAAGUAGUUGCAGUAGGAGGAAGCAAUCUGGGAGUAGAUAUGAUCCCAGUUGAUGUUGGAUCCGUCACCGGUAAGUUCUAUAUCGGCAUCAGGGAAAAGCUGUUGGAAUUCCUUCUCAGCAUCCAAUGUAGGGUCGGAGAAUUGGAACACACCUUGUUGCAAAGACUCCUGCUCGUCCUGUUUAAGCCUUCUGGCAGUCCAUCUGUAGUAGACCGUCAUUAG